AUCCCUCAUUCCCUUCCCUUCUGGAUGCAGAGCCUGUGUGUUGAUGCAGAGCCUGUGGAUGCCACAGCCUGGUAAGGAGAUGACACGCCAGUCCCUGGUCCCCCGUGCCCCGUGAGCCGGGGGCAGGGGCCUGGGGGCAGUGCCGGUUCCCCUCGCUGGGCAGAGCGGGGGGGUCUCUCCCUGUCCCCGAGCAGCAGCAGCAGCAGCAGCGGCGGCCAUGGACAAGCUGCCCCCCUCCAUGCGCAAGAGGCUCUACAGCCUGCCCCAGCAGAUCGGACCCAAGGCGUCGAUCAUGGACGAGGAGGAUGACAGCGACAAGGACACCCGCAGGAAAAGCAUCAGGCUCAAGCCACUGCCUUCGCCCUCUGCUGGGAGCACCCGGGCCCUCGGGGGGGACCCCGGCCGAGGGGGAGACCCCGGCCUGCUGGAGACGGAGGCCGGCGGCAAGGGCGCCAAGACCAGCACCAACGGGGACUGCCGCCGCUUCAAAGGGAGCCUGUCCUCGCUCACCAGCAGGCACCUCCACGACGCGGCCGAGGAGAAGCGGCUCAUCGGCGGAGAGGGGGAGCCGGCCUCUCCCGGGGAGGACAAGAGCCCCCCCGGCAGCGGGGAGCUGGAGCAGGGGCUGCCUGUGCCCCCACCGCCCGCCUCCCCCCCGGAGCCCCAGCAGCCGCCCCCCCGGGCCUGCUCCUCGACCUCCAUCAAAGUGGAGGGAGGCGGAGGGUGCGACCAGAUCACCCCAGAUGAGGAGCAGAGGCUCGGCCAGGCCGGUUUCAUGCAGAGGCAGUUCGGGGCCAUGCUCCAGCCGGGGGUCAACAAAUUCUCCUUGAGGAUGUUUGGCAGCCAGAAGGCCGUGGAGAGAGAGCAGGAAAGAGUUAAGUCUGCCGGGUUCUGGAUCAUCCAUCCCUACAGCGACUUCAGGUUUUACUGGGAUCUGACCAUGCUGCUGCUGAUGGUAGGGAACCUGAUCAUCAUCCCUGUGGGCAUCACUUUCUUCAAGGAUGAAAACACCACCCCGUGGAUUGUCUUCAACGUGGUUUCGGACACGUUCUUCCUCAUCGACCUUGUCCUCAACUUCCGGACAGGCAUCGUGGUGGAGGACAACACCGAGAUCAUCCUGGACCCGCAGAGGAUCAAGAUGAAGUACCUGAAGAGCUGGUUCGUGGUGGAUUUUAUCUCCUCCAUCCCCGUGGACUACAUCUUCCUGAUCGUGGAGACACGCAUCGACUCCGAGGUGUACAAGACGGCGCGGGCGCUGCGCAUCGUGCGCUUCACCAAGAUCCUGAGCCUGCUGCGCCUGCUGCGCCUCUCGCGCCUCAUCCGCUACAUCCACCAGUGGGAGGAGAUCUUCCACAUGACCUACGACCUGGCCAGCGCCGUGGUGAGGAUCGUCAACCUGAUCGGGAUGAUGCUGCUGCUGUGCCACUGGGACGGCUGCCUGCAGUUCCUGGUGCCCAUGCUGCAGGACUUCCCCGACGACUGCUGGGUGUCCCUCAACCGCAUGGUGAACGACUCCUGGGGGAAGCAGUACUCGUAUGCCCUGUUCAAGGCCAUGAGCCACAUGCUGUGCAUCGGCUACGGGCAGCAGGCGCCCGUGGGCAUGUCGGACGUGUGGCUCACCAUGCUCAGCAUGAUCGUGGGGGCCACCUGCUACGCCAUGUUCAUCGGCCACGCCACCGCCCUCAUCCAGUCCCUGGACUCCUCGCGCCGCCAGUACCAGGAGAAGUACAAACAGGUGGAGCAGUACAUGUCCUUCCACAAGCUGCCCGCCGACAUGCGGCAGCGCAUCCACGACUACUACGAGCACCGCUACCAGGGCAAGAUGUUUGAUGAGGAGAGCAUCCUGGGGGAGCUGAGCGAGCCCCUGCGAGAGGAAAUCAUCAACUUCAACUGCCGCAAGCUGGUGGCCUCCAUGCCCCUGUUUGCCAACGCAGACCCCAACUUUGUGACGUCCAUGCUGACCAAGCUGAAGUUUGAGGUGUUCCAGCCCGGGGACUACAUCAUCCGCGAGGGCACCAUCGGCAAGAAGAUGUACUUCAUCCAGCACGGCGUGGUCAGCGUCCUCACCAAGGGCAACAAGGAGACCAAGCUGGCUGAUGGCUCCUACUUUGGAGAGAUCUGCCUGCUGACGCGCGGCCGGCGCACGGCCAGCGUGCGUGCCGACACCUACUGCCGCCUCUACUCGCUGUCCGUGGACAACUUCAACGAGGUUCUGGAGGAGUACCCCAUGAUGAGGAGAGCCUUCGAGACCGUGGCUCUGGACAGGCUGGACAGGAUUGGCAAGAAGAACUCCAUCCUUCUGCACAAAGUGCAGCACGACCUCAACUCGGGGGUGUUCAACUACCAGGAGAACGAGAUCAUCCAGCAGAUCGUGCAGCACGACCGGGAGAUGGCUCACUGUGCCCACAACGUGCAGGCUGCCGCGGCUGCCGCCUCCACGCCCACGCCGGUCAUCUGGACGCCGCUGAUCCAGGCCCCGCUGCAGGCCGCCGCCGCCACCACCUCGGUGGCCAUCGCCCUGACCCACCACCCGCGCCUGCCCACGGCCAUCUUCCGGCCGCCCGUGUCCGUGCUGGGCUCGCUGGGCCAGCAGCCCAACCAGACCCCCAGGCAGCUGAAGAGAUUCCAGUCGCUCAUGCCGUCCUCCGCCGGCCCCUCCGCCGUGGGCUCCCCGUCCAGCACCCCGUCCCAGCUGCACACGCCGGGCGCCGAGACGCCCUCGUCCUCCUCCUUCCACAUCCAGCAGCUCGCCGGCUUCUCGGCCGCCGCCGGCCUGGGCCAGUUCCAGGUGGGGUCCCCUCCGGGGGGCUCUGGCCAGCCGGGGCUGAGCAGCACCUCCUCGGUGGGGCUGAGCCAGUUACAGAAUGCACCCUCUGGGUCACCCUUAGGCGCAGCUCAGCCCCUGCAGCAGCAGCAGCAGCAACAGCAGCAGCAGCAGCAGCAGCCAGCCCUCUCCAGCAGUGGAUUUGGGCACUUCCAGCAAGCCACAGCCAGCUCCCCAUCGACAUCGCUCACCCAGCUCUCAUCAAACUCCCCCCCCAGUCUCCUGAACCAGUUCCAGCCCACCACGAGACCACUGCAGGGGGGACAGUCGCAGCAGCUCUCGGGCAGUGGGACCCUGGGGGGGUUGAACCACUUCCAAGCCCCUCCUUCUUCCAACUCUCCAUCCUCCAGCCUAAGCCAGCUGGCGCAGGCCUCGGGCGGGCCGUCCGCAGGCCUGUGCCAAACACAUCCAAGUGCUUUAGGAUCUCUGACUGGAACGAUAGCCCAGCUCCACCAAGAGCGGCCUCCCUUCGCCUCCGCGCCCCCGCUCCAGCAGCCCGGCAUCGCCUCUCCCUGUUACACCCCUUCUGGCCUUAGUCCUCCCAGUCAGAGCCCGGUGGCCAGCAGAACUUUCCAGAGCGGCCCCGCGGGGGCCUCGGGCUCGCACGGCUCGCUGCUGCUGCCGCAGCCCGCCAGCCCCCCGGCCCAGGCGCUGCCGGCGCGCCUCAACCAGGACAUCAAGCUGAUCUCUGCGUCCCAGCCCUCUCUGCCCCAAGAGCUGGCUCAGACUCUGGGCCGCCACAGCUCUCCUCAUUCCUCUAGAGAAUCUGUUUCCAGCUUCUCCCCUUUCCCCGGCGGCGGGAGCGGACUCCUGGGGAAGCCUUGCAGCUCCAUCCCCGGGCGGGUGACGCUGCCGCGCCAGAUGUCCUCAGGUUCUCUGCCACACCCGCUGGCCUUCGCCGCCGGCGCCGCUGCCCUGGCUGCGGGCGGCCGGAAAGAGUCCAUAGUGCUCACGGGGGAUCUGGAGCCCGUCAGGUCCAAACUGCCCUCCAAUUUGUGAGGACUCCUGGAGGAGCUGCUCGUGCCAGCUCUGCCCUUCAGCUCCCGAUGAGUUCACCGAGCAGUUUUUUCCUUUCUUUCCCCCCCUGCGCCACUCCUGCUUUGUUUUCUUUUUUUUUCUCCAUUUCUUUUGUUUAGGUUUAACUGUGCUUAGAAACAAAGAAAAAACACAUGAAAAACAACAGGAAAAAAAAAAAAGAAGAUAACCAGGUAUUCUUAGAGCUAUAGAUUUUUGGUCACUUGAUUUUAUAGAAUAUUUUAAUACACAGGAAAAAAAGGAUACAAGCAAAUGUAAUCCAACGAGGUAACGCACAGCCGGGGCAUGUGCCUGAGCUGGAACACGUGAAUGAGCAGCCAUAGAAGCCACCAAAAAGAUUUUCCUGUUGAGACAAAGAUCCGAGGUUGAUGUGGGCCACAGAAGGGCGUGGGGGGUCAGGCCUGGAGCUGGUGUUUGCAGAGCAGCCCUGGUUGUGACCCUGGGGCUGGGGACGUGGGUGGCCCAGCACACACCACAAGUGUCCCUCCCUCCCUGCCAGGUCACCUCCUGUGCUCAGCAGGUCACACAGGAGCCAGGAAGGGGCGAGUUCACUCUUGUAGAUCCCUUGAGGGGUUUCCCACGGGCUGAGGUUUGGGUUGGACUCCAGCUGAGGAAGAUGAAGGUGACCAGGAGAUGGACGGGCCUCACUGCAGGUUGUUCCUUUCUUACCCCACUGAUGCUCCAGUGGGAACAAGGAGCAAUCCCCCGUGAGGCACAGGCAGGGCAGGGAUGACCCCUCUGUACUGUGGCAUGUGGGCAGUGGCAGGAGCCCUGGCUCUGCCAGCACCCCUGGCAGAAGGCCCCAAGCUUCAGCCCCUCCGUGGUGUAUGCAAAGCAGGGAGGGAUGAAGGAAGAGGCAGUGCUUUAACGUCCCCUCUGUCACUUCAGUGUCUCAGUGAGUGCUCUGAGGAGCACUGAAAGGGCUGAGCAGUGGGGUGCAGUCCCCAGCCCUCCUCCUCCUCGGCCCAGGGCAGUGUGAGGCACCAGGACAGUUCCAAGAUUUACAAUUGUUUUUACCAUUUAAACCAGAUCAGCCCAGAAAUUUGGCCAGCCAUGGUCUGUGCUUGUCCCCUGCUGGGGGAACCGAAAUCCUUUGUUUGAUUUCACCAGCAAUAAGAGCCUGCACCUGGUGGGCUUCCCUGACACCCUGCAGCGUCCCCGGGCACACCUGGGCACCUGGGGCUGGGCUUGGGGCUGCCCGCCUGGGGACACUCCUGGGGCGGGGACAGAGCGGGGCCAGCAGCACUGAGCAGCCACAGCCUUUACCUCCAGGGCAGACAUCUCCUUCUGUGUCACUUGGUCCUUCCUCUCUCUCUGUCUGGGGUUUUCUUAGGCCAAGGGGUGUCCGUGGCCACCUCACUGUCCGAGUCAGGUGCUCAACUUUUCUAACACUCCUUAGAGACACAUCCAGCCUCCCUCUGUCCCCAGCCCUCGAGGGGACGCAGGACUCCAUGCAGCAGUGCCAAAAACUCCCCCUGCCCAGUCCCGAGCCCCUGGAGCUCCCCGUGCCCUGCCCCAAACCCUGGCUGAUGGUUGUUUUUAUACCGACCCCACUGGUCUGCAGAACUCUCUGCCACGUGCCUGCACCUUGAAUGUUGCAUUCCUGGGCACUCCUGCUUCACCCUGCUUUGGUGGCUCUGAAUUCAGACGUGAUCAGCUUUGGUCUUCCUUAAAGGGUCAGGGGAACUCUGGAAAUGCUUUUUCUACUGGCUCCAUGCAGCUGUGUCUGUGUGAGUGUGGUGGGAGGGUGAGUGUGUGUGUGUGUGUGUGUUUGUAUAGAUUUUAUAGAUGUAUCUAUAUCUACACACCUGCUUUUCUAUCUGUAGGGUAGUCACACACAUCUGUAGGCUAUUUAUGCACAUGUGUCAGCACACACACACACACAUAUUUAUAUAUAUAUAUGUAUAUCCUAGUUUUAAAUUAAAAUACGUGUCAGUUCUGACCCUCCUGCAGGGCUGAUUGGCAGGUGACAAUUAUAACCUCUAGAUCCUGCUUUUCCAAAUAUGUACAGGUUCAUCUUGAAACAGGAAUUGAAGCAGACUCACAGACCCUCUCAUGUUUUCAGAGGUAGAAGGAAGACUCCCAAUAUCCUUUGCAGUUUUUUGGGUUUUUAGCAAACCUUUCCCCUAUGUGCCAGAGGGCCCUGGCCGAGCACCUGGAGGGUUUGGGGUGGGCUGGGCAGGCAGGGGGGAAGGGUCUCCAGCCCUCCUGGGCUCCUGUCCCGUGGCUGCUGCACUGGCCCUGAGUCCUGGCCACCCUGGGGACCCUCAGGGGACACCCAGGGCUGGCACUGCCCGGCCGUGCCCCCUCCUCACUGCGGGACAUCCUCCUUGGCUUUGCUUCCCUCGGGGAUCUUCUUUGGGUUUCCAGCUCUCUGCACUGCAGUAGCCAACUUUGAGUUAUUCUGACUGGACCCCAGUCAACACUAGGCUUGUC